AUGACUGUGUCUUCGGCCGAACAGCUCCAUAGUGACCAUACCCUGGCAUAUCACUUGAGCUUGCUGAGCCUUGACAGCUCGAGUAGCCAGAACGAAGAGUCCUCUCUAGGUCCUGUAUUUACGGCCUCUGCUCUCAACCAAUCCAGAGCAGGGCCAUUGCAAUACAGCCUCCUGGGAGGUGUCAAGAAAGUUACAACCACUUCUCCGUACCCAGAAGAGGCUUUUCUGGAACAGGACCCUCGACUCUUUUUCAAUGUGGCUGCACCAUCGAGUACCUUCAUCUGCGGCUCUCAGGGCUCGGGGAAAAGUCAUACCUUAUCCUGUAUCCUGGAAGGAUGUCUGAUUCCCUCGAUAGCAGGCGAGCUCCACAGACCCAUGACAGGUGUUGUUUUUCACUAUGAUACUUUUAUCAGCGACAGUGGCGGCUCACCCUGUGAGGCUGCCUUCCUUGCAUCGCACUCUAGCGUAAAUGUCCGAGUACUCUGUGCGCCAACUAAUCUGGCAACAAUCAAGAAAACCUACGCUAGGUUCAACAUCCCUGUGAAGCCCUUGCUAAUAGACCAGGCCAAUUUAAACACCAAGCGCAUGUUUGACCUCAUGGCAGUUGGCCAGGGCCAUGGUCCGGCGCCUCUAUAUGUGCAUACUGUUCAGCGGAUUCUAAGAGAGAUGCGCAUUUCGCAGCAGAGAACAGGAUCGCAAUUUGACUACGGAGAGUUCAAGCGGAGGGUCCUCAAUGCCGAUCUCCUUCCAGGCCAGCUCGAGCCUUUGAAGCAGCGAUUGGACACUUUAGAGAGCUUCAUGCCGCCUCAGCAGGCAGUCUUGCCCAAGUCACAGAAAAAGAAAAUGGCCGUCUCCAACAGUACAGGCUCCAGCUGGACACCCAAGCCUUCGCAGUUGACAAUCGUCGACCUCUCCUGCCCCUGCAUUUCCCCGGAUACAGCCUGCUCGCUUUUCAACGUUUGCUUUGGAAUAUUCAUGGAGCAGGACACCGAAAUCGGCAGAGUAGUGGCCCUGGAUGAAGCACAUAAGUACAUGAAAGACUCGGUCGAGGCUCGGACCUUUACAGAUACUCUCCUCUCGACCGUCAGGCUGCAGCGCCACCUCGGUGCUCGUAUCCUAAUCUCCACUCAAGAGCCGACGAUUUCGAGCGAUCUUCUUGGUCUGUGUACGGUCACCAUCGUGCAUCGAUUUACAUCGCCAGCAUGGUUACGCGCGCUAAAGAGGCAUGUGGCGGCAGCUGGGGUGGAGGUAAAAUCUCGUGAAGGACUACAGGCAAACAACGAGGAUGAAGCAGAAUACUUAGGCGCAUCCAGGAACUCGUCGCUGUUUCGUCAAAUUGUCCAUCUUCGAGUGGGCGAGGCCCUGUUGUUUUCGCCCAGUGCAAUCGUUGGGGCUGCGUCGGAACAGGUGCAUACACUGGGCGAUGGAUACAUGGUCAUCAAGGUCAGAAACCGGCUGACUGAAGACGGUGGCAGAAGUGUUAUAUCGUCUUGA